AUGGAGUCAGUAUCUAGGAUAUCCAGCUUGCUGGAGAGUGCACGAGAACUCACCCUCGAUGCCGCCCAAUCAGCCCGGAGCUCUCGCAGCUCCCUCAAGACCAUGUCAACGGCGCAGAUCAAGAAGCUCCUCGACAGCCGGAAUGACAGAGAGGUGCUGGAAGGGUUACGGAGGGUCAUCUCUAUGAUGUACCGUUCCCAACCUUGCCUCCCCUUCUUCUCCUCGGUCGUUAAAAACGUCGCCUCCCCCAACAUCGAGAUCAAAAAACUCGUCUACAUCUACCUCCUCUCGCACGCCGAAGCCGAACCCGACCUCGCGCUGCUCUCCAUAAACACGAUCCAGAAAUCCCUCUCCGACAGCAACGCGCAAGUGCGCGCCCUAGCCCUGAAGACCAUGUCCGGCAUCCGUGUCCCCGUCAUAAGCCAGAUCGUAUCUUUAGCGAUCAAGAAGGGCCUGGGUGACAUGAGUCCAUAUGUGCGGAAAGCCGCGGCGCUGGCGAUUCCGAAAUGUUAUAGGCUGGAUCCUGGGACCCUGCCGCAGUUGCUGGAGUAUUUGGGCACGCUGCUGGGGGAUAAGCAGUAUUUCGUUGCGGGGGCUGCCGUCGUGGCGUUCUUGGAGAUAUGUCCGGAGCGCCUGGAUUUGCUGCAUAAGCAUUAUCGGGGGCUGGUGAAGAAGCUGGUGGAUAUGGACGAGUGGAGUCAGUUGGCUACGUUGAGGCUUAUGACGGUCUAUUCGAGGAAGUGCUUUCCGAAACGGACGAGGAGGGUGAGGAAGAGUAGGAGGGAUGGGACAGAGGGCUUUUAUAGGGAUGAUGAUGAUGAGCAGGAGGAAGAGGAAGAGGAGACGGGGGAAGUUGUUGAAGUGCUCGAUCCUGACCUGGAGCUUCUUCUCAAGAGCAUCAAGCCCCUUCUGCAAAGUAGGAAUUCUGCAGUCGUGGUUGCUGUUGCUCGAUGUUACGUCAAUCUCGGGACCCAGGAAUACGUUAACAGCUCUAUUGGACCUCUAAUAGCAUUAUUACGAGGACCACAGGAUGUUCAGCAUAUCGCACUUUACAACAUCGUAUCAGUAUGUCUCACGCGGCCAGAAGCAUUCGUCAAAUACGCAUCUCAUUUUCUAGUUCGAGCUACGGACCCUUCACAAGUUUGGGAACUAAAGUUGGAACUCCUUACAUUGAUAUUCCCUCACUGCGACGCUUACCUUCGGAGCAUCAUUCUGAAUGAGCUCGAGCAUUUCUCAGGAGGCUCUGAUAAAGAGCUUGUACGAGAAGCUGUGCGAGCUAUUGGCCGAUGUGCUCAGAGUGACUCGAGAACAUCUGCAAGAUGUUUGCGGCUGCUCUUGAAACAAAUAACCAGUCUGGAUGGUAACCUGGCUGCAGAAUCAUUAACCGUCAUAAGGCAUCUGAUCCAGCAAGACCCCGCUUCCCAUACAAAUACCGUCAUUCGAUUAGCAAAGAAUCUCGACACGGCAACAAAUCCUCGAGCGCGAGCAUCGAUUAUUUGGCUCGUAGGAGAAUUCUCGGGUAUUGAUGGCGAGAACAACAUCGCUCCAGAUGUACUCCGUAUCUUAGCCAAAGGGUUUGCGGAUGAAGCAGAACCAGCCAAACUACAGAUCAUACUUCUGGCAGCGAAAGUCUACCUCCACCAUCUCAACCGUUCAGACAUUCAACCCGAAGUUCAGAAAUCUACGCCUGAAUCGCCAGGAUAUGAUGACUUGCCUUCCAUGGGAAACGAAGGCUUCAGAGACCUCGACAACCCAUUAGACACCACUUACCAAGCACCAGAACCCGAGCCCGAACACCCAAUCAUCACCCUCUGGAACUACAUCCUCAUCUUAGCCCGCUACGACACAUCAUACGACCUCCGUGACCGCACCCGCCUCUACAAAGCGCUCCUCGCUGUCCCCUCAUCCACACAACUAGCAAGCCUCAUGCUACUCGCGCCCAAACCCGUACCUCACACACCCAGUCCAUCAGAAAGCCGCACAGGUUUUACACUUGGCUCAGCGAGUCUGGUGGUCGGGGAAGAGGGCGGCGUGAAUGGGCUGCGAGGCUUUGAGAAAUUACCGAACUGGGUAAAGCCAGGGUACGAGCCUAACCCGUCUUUGAGAGACGCAGAUGUCGGAACCGUGGAUUAUGACAAGACGCGAAUCGUACCUGCUGGCGAAAGAUUAGAUAGCGCGGUUAGAGAUACGAGGACAGCGUCGCCAUCGAAGACUAACGGUUUCGGAGCUGCUGGUCUUGGAAAGGAGAAGAAGCUUGAAGAUUGGCUGGCAGAGAGUGAGGCCGAAGAAGAAAGUGGAGAGGAAUCAAGCGAGGAAGACGCAGAGGAAAGCGAAGAGGAAGAAUCCAGCGAAGAGGCAGAAGAGGAAAGCGACGAUGAUGACAACGAGCGGGACAGUCUUGUAAAAUGA